UUUAUUAUAGAAAUUUACUGCAAUGCAUCACUUGUUAUUCCUAUGAUAUGACAUUCUUUGCGUUUCCUUGCAUUUUGCUUGAAUCUGUUAAUUCUAAAAUUAAUUGGUUUAUUUCAUCUCAUAUUACUAAGUUUCAGUCUCUAUUGAUGUUCGUAAUUAAACAUGGACUAAAUAAUAUGUAACUACAUAUUCUUCCAUUUUUUAUUUUUCAAUGAAUUGUUUACCAAUUCUCUUGCUCUUUAUAUAUUUUCAAACAAUUUUUGUUUUGUCAAUUCAUUAACAGGUUCAACUACAUUUAAGGGUGAUAUUGAGACUGCAAUAUUGGUCUAAGUCUUCUUGAACAUACAAGGCGGAAGUGGUUGGUAUUUAUAUGCUAGAGUCUCCACAACAUUUUUGCAAAUGGGCCUGCAUCAAUUCAAAAUUUGGUAAAGCUGAUCAGAUUUGUGUUGGACUUACUUGAGCUAAGCACCAAAUUACAAACAGAAAGAAAACUUGCAAACAUGGAUGCUUUUGAAGAAUCUAAAAAUGAUAUGAAUAUAUGGAUAUUCUUUUCGCAGCCUUCUACAACAAUUUUCCUGCACGGGUUUUCUGCUUCUUCCCACUUAAUUUUGUUAUUAGUUUUGUCCAUUUCCUGGGCUUGCAAGAGACCCACACUGCCUACCCUUGAAAACUCAAAACCAAUGUUGAAGAAUACCCACUUUCUAUACUAUUGGUUAGCCCUUAUAGCUUGCAUAGGUUUGUCUUUCUGUGAUCUUCUCCUAUGCGUGUUAAAUUACUUCUCUGGGUAUACCAAUGGUUGGUCUGAUCUAAAGCUUGUUGCCCAGUUGGAUUUUGCAUUUAGAACACUCACUUGGUUUGUGAUCUCUGCUUACUUGCAAAUCCAAUUUUCUCAUUCAAGUGAGCGCAAGUUUCCCAUUCUACUAAGGAUUUGGUGUGCCUUCUAUUUCCUAAUGUCGUUUUCGUAUUUUAUUAUACAUCUUAGUUUGUAUUGGAAAUAUUCAUCCGUACCAGUCCUGCUAUGGGUCUCCGAUGCUGUAUCUAUUAUUUCUAGUUUGUUCUUUUGUUAUGCUGGUUUGUUUGGCAAGGGGCAAAAAGUUGAAGAUCUCCAUAUUUUGGAGCCUCUUUUGAAAACUAGUUCGAGCCGAAACAAUGGUGACAAAGGACAAGGGUCAAGUGUUGGUGUAGAGAGUGUAACACCUUAUGCAAAUGUCAAUCUUCUUAGUAUGUUGACUUUCGCUUGGAUGAACCCUUUGCUUGCACUUGGGCAUAAAAAGACAUUGGACCUUGAAGAUGUUCCUCAACUUGCCAAUUGUGAUAGUGCCAAUAUGGUCUUUGCUCGUUUUGAAAAUGAACUUGAAUCUGAUGGUAAUGGCCGUGGUAAUGUUAAUCAGGUAAGCACACUCAAGCUAGCGAAGGCAUUGAUUCUCUCAACGUGGAUAGAAAUUCGAUGGACAACUCUACUCUCCAUUGUAUGCACGUUGGCUUCUUAUGUUGGACCAUACCUUAUUGAUACCUUUGUUCAGUAUCUCAAUAACCCUGACCAAGUAAAAUAUAAAGGCUAUGUGCUAGUGUUUAUUUUCUUUCUUUCAAAGCUUAUAAGGGCUCUCUCAGAUCGGCACUUGUCCUUUCUCUUGCGAAAGAUGGCAAUUGAGGUCCGUGCUGCCUUAUUUGCAAUAAUCUAUAAGAAGAGUCUUAAGCUUUCAAGCCAAUCAAAGCAAGGUCACACUAGUGGGGAGAACAUUAAUUUGAUGAGUGUUGAUGUUGAGAGGACUGGCAUUUUCAGUUGGUACUUGCAUGAUCUAUGGAGGGUACCUGUUCAGAUUGUUUUAGCAUUGUUGAUCUUGUACAAGAGCCUUGGGCUCGCUUCACUUGCAGCUUUUGUUGCCGCACUGAUUUUAAUGUUAGCAAAUGUUCCGCUGGGAAACCUACAAGAGAAAUUUCAAGGGGAAUUAAUGGAUUCAAAGGAUCGCAGGAUGAAGGUCACUUCUGAGUCUCUGAGGAAUAUGAGGAUUCUCAAGCUCCAGGGUUGGGAGAUGAAGUUCUUGGCUAAGGUAAUUGAGCUCAGGAACUUUGAAACAAGAUGGUUAAAGAAGUUACUUUAUACAUCAGCUAUGACUUCUUUUGUUUUCUUGUCUGCUCCCAUGUUUGUAUCCAUGGUUACUUUUGGGUUUUGUGUGCUUAUGGGAAUUCCGCUAGAGUCGGGGAAGAUUCUAACUGCACUUGCAACAUUUGAGAUAUUGCAAGGACCUAUUUAUAAUCUCCCAGACACGAUCUCCAUGGUAAUUCAGACUAAAAUUUCCCUUGAUAGGAUAGUCUCAUUCCUUUGUCUCGAAGAUCUUCAUCCGGAUAUAGUACAGACGUUUCCAAAAGAUAGUGUCGAGGUUGCAGUUGAGAUAGUCAAGGGUAAUUUCUCCUGGGACCUUCAUUCCCCUAAUCUCACAUUAAAAGAUCUUAAUUUUCGAGUGUACCAUGGUAUGAGAGUGGCUGUUUGUGGUUCUGUUGGCUCAGGCAAGUCAAGCCUACUUUCAUGUAUAUUGGGGGAAGUGCCAAAGAUAUCUGGAGUCAUUAAGUUAAAUGGAAUGAAAGCCUAUGUUGCACAAUCACCUUGGAUACAGAGUGGUAAGAUAGUAGACAAUAUAUUAUUUGGUAAGGAGAUGAACGGCGAAAGGUACGAGAUGAUCCUUGAAGCAUGUUCAUUAAAAAAGGACUUGGAAUUGUUUGCCUUUGGGGAUCAAACUAUUAUAGGGGAAAGGGGGAUCAACCUGAGUGGUGGGCAGAAGCAAAGAAUCCAAAUUGCACGUGCUUUGUACCAUGAUGCUGACAUUUAUUUGCUUGAUGAUCCUUUUAGUGCUGUGGAUGCUCACACAGGAACUCAUCUAUUUAAGGAGUGUUUGCUGGGAAUUUUGGGUUCAAAGACAAUAAUUUAUGUUACCCAUCAAGUAGAAUUUUUGCCUUCUGCUGAUCUUAUCCUGGUUAUGAGAGACGGAAGGAUUACUCAAGCAGGAAAGUACGAAGAAAUUCUUAGUUCAGGAACUGAUUUUAUGGAAUUAAUAGGUGCACAUAAGAAAGCUUUGGCAGAUAUUAAUUCUGUCGAAAGUGGGGCUUCUUCAGAUAAUUUAAUUUAUGGUGAGGAAGAUGAUAAUAAGCUGUGUAGCGAGAAGUCUAUUCAAGAUGAUUCUAUUCCAGAUGAUGAGGAAGAUGAUAAUAAGCUGUGUAGCAAGAAGUCUAUUCAAGAUGAUUCUAUUCCAGAUGAUGAGGAAAGGGAACUUAAAAUAGAAAAACUGGUUGGGCCAGAAGGGCAGCUUGUUCAAGAUGAAAAGAGAGAAAAUGGUGGAGUUAAUCUUUCAAUCUACUGGAAAUAUAUUACCAUUGCAUAUAAAGGGGCUUUUGUACCAUUGAUACUACUGUCACAAAUUGUUUUUCAGCUUCUCCUAAUAGUCAGUAGUUAUUGGAUGGUGUUGGCUACUCCCAUUUCAGAGGAUUUGAGAGCUUAUGUUAGAGGAUCCACUCUCAUCCUUGUUUAUGUUUCUUUGACCCUUGGAAGCUCUUUUUGUGUACUUAUAAGGUCCAUGCUCAUUGUAACUACUGGAUACAAGACAGCCAAUCUUCUCUUUAACAAAAUGCAUUCGUGCAUUUUUCGUGCUCCCAUGUCAUUUUUUGAUUCUACUCCAAGUGGAAGGAUUUUAAACCGGAUAUCCAUAGAUCAAAGUGCAGUUGAUACCUCUAUUCCGCAUCAAAUUGAAGAAUUUCUUGUCUCAAUCGUAGGAUUCUUGGGAACUGCUGCAGUAAUGUCACAAGUUGCAUGGCAAAUGUUAAUAGUUUUUAUUCCGAUGACUGUGACAUGCAUCUGGUACCAGCAAUACUACACAUCUGCAGCACGAGAACUAUCACGGCUUAUCGGAGUAUGUCAGGCUCCAAUUAUUCAACAUUAUGCUGAAUCUAGUUUAGGUUCAACCACAAUCAGAGGCUUCGAUCAAGAAGAGAGGUUUAUGGACACAAACCUCAAGUUGGUAGAUGGAUAUUCCCGGCCCAAAUUUUAUUUCUCUGGUGCAAUGGAGUGGUUAUGCUUCCGCAUGGAUAUUUUGGCAUCCAUCACAUAUGCCUUUUCUUUGGUUUUCUUGAUCUCUAUGCCAAAGGGAGUACUUAGUCCUGGUGUUAUGGGUUUAGCAGUCACAUAUGGGCUUAGUUUUAGUAUGCAUGGAGUCAUAUGGGAUCUUAGCCGUCUUGAGAAUAAGAUCAUAUCUGUUGAGAGAAUACUACAAUAUUCCUACAUCCCUAGUGAAUCCCCUUUGUUGGUAGAAGAAAAUAGGCCAGGUUGUGAAUGGCCAUCACAAGGGGAAGUUGAUAUUGUUGAUCUGCAGGUCCGGUAUGCCCCCCACCUUCCUCUUAUCUUGCGAGGUCUGACAUGCACUUUUCCUGGAGGGAUGAAGAUUGGUAUCGUUGGGCGAACAGGAAGUGGUAAAUCAACUCUCCUACAGGCUCUCUUCCGCAUGGUUGAACCUUCAGCUGGUCAAAUUUGCAUAGAUGGUAUCAACAUCUCCAACAUUGGCCUUCAUGACUUGCGGUCAAGAUUGAGCAUCAUCCCACAAGACCCAACAAUGUUUGAGGGAACUCUAAGAAGCAACCUUGACCCGCUUGAAGAGUACACUGAUGGACAGAUCUGGGAGGCUUUAGAUAGAUGCCAGCUUGGUGAUGAAGUUCGAAAGCAGGAAAGGAAGCUUGAUUCUACAGUGACUGAGAAUGGAGAGAAUUGGAGUGUGGGUCAAAGGCAGCUAGUCUGUUUAGGGCGGGUAUUACUCAAGAGGAGUAAACUAUUAGUACUUGAUGAAGCUACUGCAUCAGUGGAUACUGCAACCGACUAUCUAAUUCAGCAAACGCUUAGACAACACUUCUCAGAGUCUACCGUCAUCACAAUCGCACAUAGAAUAACAUCAAUUCUUGAUACCGAUAUGGUUCUCCUUCUUGAUAAUGGGGUUAUAUUGGAAUAUGAUUCCCCAGCCAAAUUGCUAGAGAUCAAGUCCUCAUUAUUUGCAAAGCUUGUUAAGGAGUAUACUCGAAGAUUUAGUUCCUAGUUUUAAAAGGCUAAGUAAGUGGGUUUUGAAUGUUCAAAUGUAAACAGGCUGCAUUAUAUUGUGGCGUAACGCUGUUAUAGAGAGUUACAAAAACUUGUUGAGCAGCAUUUGAAGAUUUGAUUGUUUUCCAGUUUGUUGUUUGUGUUACAUGUAAUCACUUAUGCUAUUUGAA